AUGGAGGAGUGCAAAGCGGUUAGCACACCAAUGAACCAAAAGGAGAAGCUGAGCACGGAAGAUGGUGUUGACAAAGUUGAUGAAGGCUAUUACAGGAGCUUGAUUGGAUGUUUAAUGUAUCUCACUGCAACAAGGUUGGACAUUCUGUUUGUUGUAUGUCUUCUCUCUCGAUUUAUGCAUUGUGCUAGUGAAAUGCAUUUAAAGGUAGCAAGAAGGGUAUUGAGAUAUAUUAAAGGUACUGCUGAUUAUGGUGUCAAGUUUGAGAGCUGUCAAAAUUUCAAGUUAUGUGGAUUCUCUGAUAGUGACUGGGUUGGAUCCAUUGAUGACAUGAAGAGCACUUCAGGAUAUUGUUUCAGUCUAGGCUCAGGAGUUUUUUCAUGGUGCACAAAGAAGCAGGAGACAAUAGCACAAUCCACUGCAUAA